AUGUCCAACGACAAACCUACAGAACCUACAGAGGGCACUCCACCCGAGCAGAACGAUGUCCACCGACGCCCAUCUCUUGUGCCUUCACGAACACUCUCCGAUUCCGGGCGGCGGAUCUCUUCCCAACAUGUGCGCUUCUCAACCGAUCUCGAUCGCGAGUCGGCCGAGGAACUACGACAGACAAACUGGGACCGACGCCCCAAUUCUCGCGGCCUGAGCAUCGACACGGCGCUGGCGCCUCCAUUUGUUCGACCUGCUCCCUCACCCACCUCUCCACUCUCGCCUCCCAAUGCCACCCGAAAUGCGACCCUCUCCCCCAUUCCCCCACCGAGUCCUGAGUCCGCCGGUCGGUCUCGGUCGCGAAACCGUGGAUACUCGCUCCGUCGCAGCAUAUUCAAUAAAACUAUCAACUCGACGGAGAAGGAUGAUCUCGCCCUGGCUGAGCUGGGUGAGGUCAAGGAACCUUCGUUUAAUGUGACUCCCGUCCAAGCCCCGGCUGCUGAGACACUCACUGCGGCCGAUGAGAAGCAUGCUUUGAGCGUCGCGCCGACAGCGACACUCGACUCGACACACAAGGAGGAUGCCUCCCCUUAUGUCUCCUCUGAGCCUUCAGAGAAGGGUCUCAAGGAGCAGUUCUCCGUGUCUGUGGCCCAUGAGAAGCAGUUAUGA